ACAAUAUGUCUCAUAAUACCUGGUGGAGCCUGGCAAGAUGGAUGGAAUUUGCAAGGGACGCAAGUUCUUGUCUUUUACCCAAGCUGUAAUGAAACAUGUACCUGUGGAGAUGUUAGAGGACAUGCGCAACAUGAAGAUAGUGCACUGGGAAGCAGGCAGACGGCCACCGACAUGCACUCCAUCUGAGGCACUGUUUUAUGCCAUCGUGCUCGGCCACCAAGCUUACGCACAAUACUUGCUGAAUAAGUUCUUAGACAGUGCUCUUGCCAUGACAGGUGAGAAUAUCUGCUGCUGUCAAUCAUAUCUUCCACACUUAGACAUGGCUAUCCGCUACAACAGGAAGGACAUAGUGCCUCUCAUUCUUCAUGUGGCACAUAAAAUCCCGACUCUACGGUCCUAUGUGAACCGAAGAGGAUGCAAACACAUGAAGGAGGGCAGAACUACACUCCAUCUGGCAUGUGACAUGUCACAACCAGAGACUGUCAUAAUGUUACUGGGAAGUGGGGCUUCAACACAAGCUAAGGCUCGUGAUGGUGUGACACCACUGGAUCUCAUUCUUGAAAAGCUACGGACCUCCAAAGGGAACAUAGGUGCCAAGAUGUGCCUGGAAAAGCUGCUCAUGUUCAUGCCUAAAGUGCUGUUCAAAAUGAAGGGCUCACUGAAAAACGAGCCAGAGUUCUGGUGCAAGGUUCUAGGAGAGGAGAUGUUUAACUACUUGGUUGGAAGAAUUCCAGGGACGCUCUUUCUCAUAGCUAUGCAAAUAACCCUGGCUCAACUACCUUCUCAAGACUUUUUUAAAAGUCUGGACGAACUGCCAAUUCCAGCUUCUCUGAAGCCUACUACAUCUCAGCCCUUAAUGCGGUGGAACUCCUACUGAAACAAAAUAUGUGUGUGUGCAUUUUAUUGUCUUUAAAUCUAUUAUUAUUAUUAUUAUUAUUAUUAUUAUUAUUAUUAUUAUUAUUAUUAUUAUUAUUAUUAUUAUUAUAUGAAAUUCUGGCUACCAACAAUAUUAAAUAUGCAAGUCUGUUUUUUUAACAUUAUUAUGUUAAGACAUUUACAUUAUUGUGGACAAAAUAAUAAAGGUUGCAUAAAUUUUUAAAAAUCCAUUCUAAAUCUCCAUCGCACCAUCUCUUAGGGCACGGACGGGUCAUUAGGUCAUUAUUGUGUAAAUCAACACACAACUACAAUUCUGUCAGGACCACUUUGUCACAAGGGAAUUAUUAGAUGAUAUGAAUACAGUUAGUGUUGGCGGUACGGUUCUGUUCGGGGAAAGAAUCCGCGCUCCCGUCCGUGCGCAUGCAUGGACAGAGCGGGGAGAGCAACGACUAGAAAAUAGAAUAGACCCUGCAUGUAACAGAACCACUAAGCAUGCAUAGUAUUGAUAGCUCGCUUACAGGUUUUUGGAAAGUAAUAAAUGAAUGGAUAGAAGAUAAUUAAAUAAUUAGAGAGAGAGGGAGAGAGAGAGAGAAAAAUAUGUGGAGAUUUAUGACGUAAACUGAUAUAACGAACACGGGUUCUGGCAUGGUGGAGUCGGGGUUGGAGGAGGGAGUUUAGAUUGCGGCAGCAGCGAAGCGCUAGAACGGCUCUAUGAAUGGUUCAAUAGGUUCAAUAGUAAAAUAGAAAUAUGAGAUUAGUAAGAAGUUGAACUGACUUGCCUGUUAAUUACUAACAUUUAAGUGUGAGAUAAUCCUGAUCAGGAGACGAAUAUGCGUCGUGCAUCUAGCCAACGAUUGAGGAAGUUUUCCUUUCUUCAGAUCUUGUUUGAAUCAUGCUGAUAAAAUCUCAUUGUAAUGAAUGCUCAGGGCCGUUUGUGUCUCAUGCUACACGAGGAGUGUUGGGUCCUGCUGCACAGCGGUACAAAUAAAUUGUGAACCUUUUUACUUUUG